GCCGGCCCAAAAAUCUACAUUUCUUUGAUCCUUCUCCUACCCUUCAAAACACAAUGAAAUUCUUUCCAUUCUCCUCUCCAUUAUAACUCACCAAACAACAUUUCCACCAUCUUAUCACCUUCAUUAUUUUCUCUUCUUCUCUGGCAAAACCAUGUUAACAUCUCCGGUCCACGAGGAUGUCGACUUGUCACCAUCUCCAACCAUUAGCUCCGCCACGUUAGAGGUAGAAGAAGUCCGUCUUAGCGUGAACUCGGAGGUGGAAACCACCAUAUACAAUGCUCAUACUUGCAUUUCGUCCUCCAUAAAGCCCCAUGCAACGUCUAACGAUCCAUGUUGGAACGCCAUGCGUCGUGUCCAGACAGAAGUCGCGAGUUUGAGCCUUGAUGAUUUUAGCUUCAUUCAAAAAGUUGGGAGUGGUGACAUUGGUUCUGUUUAUCUUGUUGAAUUAAAGGGAAAUAAAGGGUGUUUGUUUGCAGCUAAAGUGAUGGAUAAAGAGGAAUUGGUUAGUAGGAGUAAAGAAGGUAGAGCUAGGACAGAAAGGGAAAUAUUGGAAAUGUUGGACCACCCUUUUUUGCCUACCCUUUAUACAACGUUGGACACUGAUAAAUGGUCUCUUUUGUUGACUGAGUUUUGUCCCGGUGGUGAUCUUCAUGUUCUCCGGCAACGGCAACCGGAAAAAAGAUUUGAUGAAGCCGCCGUCCGGUUCUACACAUCAGAAGUGGUGGUUGCUUUAGAGUAUUUACACAUGAUGGGAAUAAUUUAUCGUGAUUUAAAGCCUGAAAAUGUGUUAGUAAGAUCAGAUGGUCAUAUUAUGUUAACUGAUUUUGAUCUCUCACUAAAAUGUGAUGAUUCAAUAGUAAUGCCUCAGCUUGUUCAAGAAAGUAGUCCAAAGCUAGAUCAUAAUUCAAAUGAUCAAUCCUCCAAUAAUUCGCCUCCAUAUAAUUCUUCACCUUCGUGCAUUUUACCAAAUUGUAUCGUGCCACAUGUCUCGUGCUUGUUCUCUAAACACAAGCGACGAAGAAGAAAAACGAGUCAACGACCGUUCAGGAUGGUAGCAGAGCCAAUCGAGGCACGGUCAAUGUCAUUUGUUGGGACCCACGAGUACUUGGCCCCAGAAAUUGUAUCAGGGGAAGGCCAUGGCAAUGCAGUGGAUUGGUGGACACUAGGGAUUUUCAUGUAUGAAUUGCUAUAUGGUGUGACGCCUUUUAGAGGACUUGACAAUGAGUUCACUCUGUCAAACAUUGUGGCUCGACCCUUUGAGUUCCCUAAGGAACCAAUGGUUCCAACCUUGGCUAAGGACUUGAUCACCCAACUUUUGGUCAAGGACCCUACCAUGAGAAUGGGGUCCAUAAUGGGGGCCACAACAAUCAAACAACAUUCUUUCUUUGAUGGUGUGAAUUGGGCACUCUUGAGAUGUACAACCCCACCUCAUAUUCCCCAAUAUUUCAAAACUAGGGACUUUGUCUCAUCUUAUGAUAAUUGUGAUGAUUAUGUUGAUUAUUAUUAAUGAAAAGAGUUU